UUUUCAAGUAAAUUCAGGGAAACACAUUUACUUGAAUAGUACAACCUUGAGUCUUAUUUUACACUAAGACGAUACAAAAGAUGUUAAAGUUAUCACCAAGCUGCCGGACAAAUAUAUAUUCCAACACCAAGGUGCAGAUCAGCAUAGAUCUGUGAUUCAGAAAUCAGGAUUUGUCUUGGAAAGAGCUCAAGGGUUGAGAAGAACUCAAGAGCAAGUGAAGAUAACUCUGGGAACUACAGUUUAUCGGAAGAUCAACUUUCAUUAAUUCAAAUACCAAAGGCCUGAUUAUCCUAAAUUCAUAUAGGAAUGCAUAGGUCAUCUGGUCAAAUAAUAAUAGCCGUCUCCUGCUACAUCAAUACAGCAAAAACUCUUAACAACUGUGGAUAAUUGGAAAUCCGAGUUUCAGCUUUCUUAGAACUAACUACUCUUGACAUAUUCCGAAAUAUUUAAAAUAGGGCAGGAAAAUCAGUGAGGAUGUUGUGUUCAGAAAUGUCACUGUCAUGAAGAAUAGGUGAAUUUGUUUUUUCAGCUACUGGAAAAGUGUACCUCCUAGGAACUUAGAUUCUUUUUUUUUUAAGAGGACAAGAAGGACUAAAAAUAUCAACUUUUUGCUUUUGGACAAAAAUGCCUCUGACUGUACUUUUACUUAGGGGUAUUGUGGGUUUCCUCUGGAGCUGCUGGGGUCUAGUGGGUUAUGCACAAGGAGGUUUGGGAGACAAUCAUGUUCACUCCAGUUUUAUUUAUAGAAGACUACGGAACCACGAAAGACGGGAAAUACAGAGGGAAAUUCUCUCUAUCUUGGGGUUGCCUCACAGACCCAGACCAUUUUCACCUGGAAAACAAGCUUCCUCUGCACCUCUCUUUAUGCUGGACCUAUACAAUGCUAUGGCCAAUGAAGAAACUCCCGACGAGUCGGAAUAUUCAGUGAGGGCGUCCCUGGCAGGAGAGACGAGAGGAGGAAGAAAGGGAUACCCAGCCUCUCCCAAUGGGUAUCCUCGUGGCAUACAGUUAUCUCGAACGGCUCCCCUGACCACCCAGAGCCCUCCUCUAGCCAGCCUACAUGAUACCAACUUUCUGAAUGAUGCUGACAUGGUCAUGAGCUUUGUCAAUUUAGUUGAAAGAGACAAGGAUUUUUCUCACCAGCGAAGGCAUUACAAAGAAUUCCGGUUUGACCUUACUCAAAUUCCUCAUGGAGAAGCAGUGACAGCAGCUGAAUUCCGGAUAUACAAGGACCGGAGCAACAAUCGAUUUGAAAAUGAAACAAUUAAGAUUAGUAUAUAUCAGAUCAUCAAGGAAUAUACAAAUAGGGAUGCAGAUCUGUUCCUCUUAGACACGAGAAAGGCCCACGCUUUAGAUGUGGGUUGGCUUGUCUUUGAUAUCACUGUGACCAGCAAUCAUUGGGUGAUUAAUCCACAGAACAAUUUGGGCUUACAGCUCUGUGCAGAAACAGGAGAUGGACGAAGUAUCAAUGUAAAAUCUGCUGGUGUGGUGGGAAGACAUGGGCCUCAGUCAAAACAGCCGUUCAUGGUGGCCUUCUUCAAGGCAAGUGAGGUCCUUCUUCGAUCUGUGAGAGCAGCCAACAAGCGAAAAAAUCAAAACCGCAAUAAAUCCAGCUCUCAUCAGGACUCCUCCAGGAUGUCCAGUGUUGGAGAUUAUAAUACAAGUGAACAGAAACAAGCCUGCAAGAAGCAUGAGCUCUAUGUGAGUUUCCGGGAUCUGGGAUGGCAGGACUGGAUUAUAGCACCGGAAGGAUAUGCUGCAUUUUAUUGUGAUGGAGAAUGUUCUUUUCCACUCAAUGCCCAUAUGAAUGCCACCAACCAUGCCAUAGUUCAAACUCUGGUGCAUCUGAUGUUUCCCGACCACGUACCAAAGCCUUGUUGUGCUCCAACCAAAUUAAACGCCAUCUCUGUGCUGUACUUUGACGACAGUUCCAAUGUCAUUUUGAAAAAAUACAGAAAUAUGGUAGUGCGCUCGUGUGGUUGCCACUGAUUUUAAAUAAUAAUGGUAAUCAGAAAAAGAUCUCUAUUAAGGGCUAUGACUACAAUAAAAGGUAUACUUUCAGACAAAAGGGGAAUUUCGUAAUAUUAGUCUGGCUCAUUUCAUCUCUCUACUUUUGUACAAUAUCAUGUAUAUAGUCACUUUUAUUUAUUUAAAGGUAUAUAUUCUCCUUUGAGGUUACCUUAUCAAUAAAAUCUAUUUUAGAGGUCAUUACAUUAUACAGUAGAUUGCCCGGUCUAACUUUUAACGGGAUACGCUAAGUCCAAUUCAAUUCCAUUUCAACAUUUUUUCUGAUACAAUUUUUAUAAAAUUUUCUGAAAUUAGAACUCCUUUGACUGUUAAAUAUUGUUGAAGGAAAUUGAAUGUAUUUGGUUAUGUUGUGCCAAUGAAAACUAUGAUAGGAUAUUUAUUUAGAAAUAAAACUGAAAAAAAUAACAACCCAAACAAAAAUGCUUUGAUAAACAUAAUUUUCUU